AUGCUCGCUGUCUACACUGUCGUCGUCGCUGCCCUUGCCUUCGCCAGCAACGUUGCUGCCGAGUCCCACCGCGUUACGUUCACCAACAACUGCGGCAAAGGCUCGCCCAAGUUCCUGUACCAGGGCAACUCCAGCCCUGGUGGCGCUCGCACCAUCCAGGGUGAGCUCAACGGCGGCAUCGCCUGGCUCUCCGGUGCCGACGGCUGCGAGAACAACGGCGUGAACUGCGGCGCCGUCGAGUUCACGCUCCAGAACACGGGCUACUCGCAGGCCGAUAUCACUCUUGAGCCCGAAGGCAACCACCUGUACAAGUACCCUCUCGGGUUCAACUUCAUCGACGGGUGCUCGGACGGUCUCCACUGCGGUUCGGCCAACUGCGCCGAGGCAUCGCACAGCCCCCCGCAGGUCCCCCUCAAGGACUGCCAGGCCAACAACUGUGGUAUCCACAUCACCUUCUGUUAA